UGCGUCGCUGAUGCGCGGUUGCUAGGCCGAGAUGGCGCUUUGGUCGCUGGGCGCCAAUUCCGGCGCCUGGUGUAGGACUGUCGCCUGAGGCCUCUGCUUUUGCGAUAAGUGUCUCCUUGUCUGAGGCGGUUCAGCGCCGCGUGGGCUCCCUAGAGGACACCCUGACCUAUUGACCCACCCACGUCCUCAACCCUGGUCUCAGAUAUUGGCAGCUGUCAGCUGGCGACAUCAUGGUCCCGGGGAUCCGAAUCGUCGAUGUUAUUGUCGGAAAAGACGAAAAAGGAAGAAAGAUUCCAGAAUAUCUGAUACAUUUUAAUGGUUGGAACAGUAGUUGGGAUAGAUGGGCAUCGGAAGAUCAUGUCCUUCAUGAUACAGAUGAAAAUCGGCGGUUACAGCGUAAAUUGGCCAAAAAAGCAAUAGCUCGCCUGAGAGGUGCAGGAGGAAAGAAGAGGCGCUGUCGGCUGCCUGGUGUCGACUCUGUCUUAAAAAGUGUGCCAGUUAAAGAAACCACUCAAAAUGAUGAAAACUCAAUAAGCAGUACCUGUCAUGACAGCUCUGGAGAAAAAAAUGAAGAAAUAAAAGAACAUCGUCAGCGCCGUAUUAAAGUAAAGACUAAAGCGAAAAAAAAAGUAUUGUCACUGCGCUCAAGAAAGGACAUGGACGAAAGAACAAUAACCAUAGAUAUCCCUGAAGUUCUUAAGAAGCAACUUGAGGAUGACUGCUACUAUAUCAACAGAAGGAAACGGUUAGUGAAACUUCCAUGCCAAACCAACAUCAUAACAAUUUUGGAAUCCUAUGUGAAGCAUUUUGCUAUUAAUGCAGCCUUUUCAGCCAAUGAGAGGCCUCGUCACCAUCAUGCCAUGAUGCAUGCACACAUGAAUGUGCACUAUGUCCCGGCAGAAAAGAAUGUUGACCUUUGUAAGGAGAUGGUGGAUGGAUUACGAAUAACUUUUGAUUAUACUCUCCCAUUGGUUUUGCUCUACCCAUAUGAACAAGCUCAAUAUAAAAAGGUGACAUCGUCUAAAUGCUUUCUUCCUAUUAAGGAAAGUACCACCACAACUAACAGGAGCCAGGAGGAGCUGUCUCCUAGCCCACCUUUGUUGAACCCAUCCACACCACAGUCUACCGAGAGUCAGCCACUUAGUGGUGAACCAGCCACCCCCAAGAGGCGCAAAGCUGAUCCAGAAGCCCUGCAGUCUCUAAGGAGGUCCACACGUCAUAGUACCAACUGUGACAGGCUGUCGGAGAGUAGCUCCUCACCUCAGCCGAAGCGCCGGCAGCAGGACACAUCUGCCAGCAUGCCAAAGCUGUUUCUGCACUUGGAAAAAAAGACGCCUGUGCAUAGCAGAUCAUCUUCCCCCAUUCCUCUGACUCCAAGUAAGGAAGGGAGUGCCGUAUUUGCUGGCUUUGAAGGGAGAAGAACCAAUGAAAUAAAUGAGGUCCUGUCCUGGAAACUUGUGCCUGACAAUUAUCCGCCAGGAGACCAGCCACCUCCCCCUUCAUUCAUUUAUGGUGCACAGCAUUUGCUGCGAUUAUUUGUAAAACUUCCAGAAAUCCUUGGGAAGAUGUCCUUCUCUGAGAAGAAUCUGAAGGCUUUACUGAAGCACUUUGAUCUCUUUCUGAGGUUUUUAGCAGAAUACCAUGAUGAUUUCUUCCCGGAGUCAGCUUAUGUUGCUGCCUGUGAGGCACACUACAGCACCAAGAACCCCAGGGCAAUUUAUUAAAGAUUCAAUGGUUCUGGAAAAAUAGCUGCACUUUGCAGCUUUAUAUUUUAGGUUCCAGGUGAAAUGUUAAUGAGAUGUGGACCUAUCCUGGGGGUUCUCUGAAAGAGGCAGGCUCUGUUGUUUGAGUUGCUCAUGUACUGUUAUUUCUGUUAAGAAUUAUUUUCUGAGCUCUGUAUUGUGGUCCAUGCCUAUGGGGGGGUCAGUUUAAUUAAUGAAUUAAUUAAUGAUUUUUUAAAUGUAAUGAUUACUUCCUGGGUGCCUGAACGUAUUCCAAAGCAACACUGUUGCACAAGCUGUGUGUGCUAGCAGGAUAAAAACAGCCAUAGCUGUGUUCACAGGGAAACGUUCAUGAACGUGUACUAGGUUAAACAUUGUUCUGGUAGCCAUUGCAGUUGGUUGUUAGCAAGAACCGCAUUGUUUGAUUAUUUGUUAAUGUUAAACAAAAUGGUUUUGAAAACUGUUUUCUGUUCAACAGAUCUUAGGAUGUGCUUGGAAGCCACAAAGUACUCUGAAAGUAGUUUAGAGGAAACUGAUAUUGAUGGCAAAGGAGAACUUGCAGCUAUGCAUUGCUUGUAGCAGUUCCCUUUCUCCGAAACAUUAUUUUUGUUGCUCUAAAUAAAGCGUUGCCUGUCUUGUUUGAGAUUUUACAGCCAUACUCUGCUGUGUAAUGUUAUAGUUCCUUUUCUAUAAAAUGUUAUUUUGGGUGAUCUAAAUAAAGCUUUGCCAGUUUUGUUUGAAAGAAGCAAGAGAAGCUUU